CUCUGCCCUGAUCGGUUCCCAUGGCAACCGGGACUUGAGUGCAACAGAGGAGGGCGUAACCGAAGGCAAGAAUGACACUUCAACCCGUUGUUUAUUUUGGUUUCAUUCACAUUUUAAAUUAGAAAAUUACUUUUAUUAAUUAGAAUUCAAUUCAAUCAUCAUGCAGCUGAAAAAAGAUCCAUGGCAAGAUGCAGAAACAAGAGCCGAAAGAUGACCUUGAGGUCGAUGCAAUAGCAGAGCAGGAGCUGUCCCGGCUCCAGCGCCACUAUCGCAUCAUGGAAGGGGACAAAGAGUCUUUUUCAGAGGAGGCCAAAUUUUUCUUGAAUAAACAGAGGAAAGUCAUUGAAUCCCUUCUUUCGGAGCGAAAUGAACUCAUCACAAACCUCAACGUCGCCGCUUCGAAGAGGAUCGAAUCGAAAGAGGCCAAGCAAAAUGACUCCCUGGCGUUCCUCAUGGAGGUUCAGUCCAGGUUCCAGGAGGCCAUCCGGACGGAGAAGACGCAGCUGCACGAGCUGGAGCACCAGAUCCGCAAGGUGGAGAAGGAAGUGGCCGCGCUGCGCAAGGACGACGUCACAGACCACAAGCUGAUCGAGCAGGCUGUGGCGAGAGAGAAGAGCGUCAACCUGCUGGAGAACAGGCUCCACAAUGCCACGGUCAAGUUCAACAAGCAGCUCGCGCACAACGCGGCGCUGCGGGAGGAGAUCGACCACCUGCUCAAGGAGCGCGCCCAGUUCAACGUCCUGUACGAGGCGCUCGUCUCCAAGCUCAACCAGGGCAAGAAGAUCAUGAUCGACCUGAUCGAGCAGGCGACGCACGCAUACGACCAGCGCGAGGAGUCGCAGACCAAGCUGAGCGUGCUCAAGGAGCGCGGCCGCCAGGACCUGAUCGCGCAGAGCGCCGAGAUGCGCGAGCUGCAGCGCCGCUUCGACCACGACACCAAGCUGCAGGAGUUCCUCGCCGUCAAGGGGCAGCAUCGCGUGCUCGUCGACCUAGAGGCCAAGGAGGCCCUCAAGAAGAAGCAGCAGCGCGAGGCGACCGAACGCCUCAUCCAGCAGUACCAGGCCAUCCUGGAGCAGAUCAAGGAGUUCUCCGGGGAGUCUGACAUCGACCGCCUGUCUGCGCAAUUCCUGAAGCAAGAGGAGGAAAACUUCGCCCUCUUCAACUAUGUCAACGAGCUUAACAACGAGCUCGAGUCGCUCCAAGAGCAGGUGUCCGAGCUGCGGGCGAGCCGAGACGAGCAGGACGUGACGAACAGGCAGCGCGAGCAGCAGCAGCAGGACAAGCUGCACGGGCUGCGCCGCGAGCUGGAGGGGCUCACGGCCGAGGCGGACGACGCCCAGAGGCGCCUGGACGGCUGGACCGAGCUGCGCAACAGGGUGCUGCGCGGCAUCGAGGCGCUGUUCCACCUCGUCAAGUGCGACAACUCGCCGCUGCUCGAGCUGCUGGGUGGAAACACCAACGUCACACCGUACAACCUCUUGUUGUACUUGGAGAUGAUCGAGCGUCGCUGCGUGGAGAUGGUGAACAGAUGCUACUUCCUUGAAAAGGCAACCGAAGACAAAGGGUCGCUGCCCGCGGGAGGGCCUGUGGUCUUCGGGGAUGUGAAGCCAAUUGUGAAGGCCCUACCGACGGUGGAAGCGAUAGUAGAAGCUCACCCUUGUCCUCUAUGUGUGGAGCAAGAAGAAAUAUCUGCUAUUGGUGAUGCAAUUGUGACACCAUUGACCAGGGAUGAAGUUAGAAAGCAGCUGAUAUACAAAAUACAAAAUCCUGAUCUUGACAUGGAAGACAGGUUGCACACCAUAUCUCACUGCCGUUUACCUCGUUCUAGAAGACUAAUGCAAAAGAGAUUAAAUGAAACCUAAGCCU